AUGGCCUCUUCAGAGCCCAGCUCCGCACCAACGCCUGUCCAAUGGGAGCUGCCUGCACCAGACCCGUCCCAUGCCAAGUUUAAGGACCAGGUCGACUUUGUGGUGGACACCUACAAGGCAACUGUUUUGGAGAAACACCUUGGGCCCAUGCAGUACUUGGAAACGAAGCUUCAGGAGACAAGCUCACGAGAAGCCUUUGUGGCUUGGCUGUGGCAGGCAUUUCCUUUGGACCCAAGCAAGGCCUACAACCUAGAGUCUCCGUUCCCGAGCGUCGACAUCCAGAAACUCGGCGAUUCUUUGCCUUGCAAGACUCACAUCUCCAUGCUUGGUUUUGAUGCUCCCUGCAGUUUGAAGCCCCCCCCAGCUGCGCACUCUUCUUUGGAACUGGCCCAGCAUAUCCUGAAUGACGGUUUCCGGACCAGUGGAAAGCCUUUGCUUGUGAAGCAUAUCCAGCCGGUGACUGCUUUGGAAGCCCCAUGGAAAGAUGAGGCCAAUGGCAUGCCAGUCGAGCCACUCAGCUUGGGCUAUGUCAAAGGGAUGCUGCGUGCCACCACUUGCUUGGCACUGUUGCACCUUUUUUGGGAAGAUGGAAAUGGCGAAGCUUUGCUAAAUACUUUCCAAGUCUUCAGAGAGUCAGUUGGAUGCAUUUACGUGCACCAUGUGGCCAUGCCAAGUUUGGAGAGCGAGGUCUUCAACAACUUUUUACUCAGCAUCAGGGACAGCCUCAGCAAGCCACCGAACUUCAUGACAUGGUUGCACACUCUGCGCACUUUGAAGACGAAAGGCUAUGAAGACAGCUCAGCUGUGAUUUCCAGGUUCAACCAGAUGGUGCCAAAGUCAUCAUGGCUCAUCGGAUCCAAAGCUACGGCUUUGGGAAACUUCAUGGCCUUGUUCCCGGAUGACUUAAUCAUGAUGCUUCAAAACCAUGUCAGCAAAUGGGGCUGGGAAGGAUGCUGUCUCACUGAUGAUGCCAUGAGCACAAAGAAAAUUUUGCCCAAUGCCAGCCACAAAGCUCCUCACAAGACUUGGAAGAAAUUGUGCUCCAUGAAUGUCAAGGCAAGUCUCUUGACCUUUGCCCGGGUCAUCCGUGAUCAUGAGAAGCCAGGCUCUGCUCGCCGCAAAGCUGACAAGCAGCGCAUGGAAGCUGUGGCUGAGACAGCGUGCCUCCUGGUGAACCUUGCCACCCAGCUCAUGGAGCAGUUUCCCAUUUCGGAAAAAGAUGUGGAGACCCACAUCUAUGAGCCAUGGCUGAACGGUUCGCAUGGUUGGGACUUGGAGAUGCAUGAAGUCCAAACUGAGAAGCGUGAAAAAUUGGUUGUCACUGACAUCAAAAUGUUUCGCAAUGUUGUGGACAUUUGCAACUGCAAGGCUCCAGUGGGCCCAACAGCAGCUUCUGAGCUUUUGCUGACGCGCCUGGACGAGGACAAAUGGUCUUUGUUGUCCAAGCAGCUGGAGUAUGAUGUGCAGUGUUUCAGGGUCUACCUGUCAAAGAUGCAGAAUUUUCACACAGCAGCGCACCAUGCCAAGCUGGAUUGGAACAAGAAGAGACGCGAGGAAGCCCAUCAGUGGUCUCAGCAGUGGAUGUCGCAGCGUUGCCGGGUCUUUGCUUAUGACUCUGCUGAAUCUGGUUGUCUCAACCGCUGUAUUGCCGAGAACAUGAACGCCCUGUUGAGAUGCAAUGGUUUGGAGAAGCCAACGGUGGCAACCCUGGCGAUAUUGAAUUGGGCCGCCCCAGCCGCCCACUCUCAGAGUUCACAAGAAGCUGAAGCCAAUGCCUUUUGUCAGUUGGUGUCUGAGCAGCCCCAGAACAUUGGCAUUCUUCUUUCUCCUGUCUUCCAUUACAAGAUUCACCAGCGCCAUGCUUUGGAGCACUUUUUGCUGAAGAGUUUGUCCAACAGGGGUGUGGAUGUUGACAUUCAAGGUGCUUUGUGCUUCAAAGAUCGCAAAGAUUCUCGAGAUCAGAGACCUCUCCUGUAUCCCAUCAGAGUGGUCCGGCCUUAUGUCGACAUAUCUGGUGCUGCUGAAGGUGGCGAUGAUCCAGAUGCUGCUGGCACACGCAAAGUCCGGGCACAUCCAGCUGUUGCUUUUUGGGGCAACUCUCGCUUGAUGCGGACUGGGCGUACUGAGGAUGCAGAGCAACUGCCCAACAAUGCUCUCAAAAGCAUUGAGGACUUGUCAGAAUCGUCGUUGCCCAGCACUACGGAUGACUCAGCUUCUCUGCGAGGCGGCAGGCGCUUUGAGCAGAUUGGAACACCAGCGGCCCUCAAGCUCCUUGAGAGCAUUGUGGAUGGAGACCUCCCGGCUGGGACUUCAGCCGUUUUCUUGGUAGAGACCUCUUUGGGUGUUGGAGACAUGUUCUUUGCUUGGCUUGAGCGCUGUAAAGCCCUGCGCUUCCCUGUCUACUUCAUCGGGGCCACCUCUGACCCAGUCACUUUGGAUUGGUUUCAACACCACACGCAGGAGGAGAUGGUGGAGAAGCUUUUGAGUCAAGAUUUGAAGUUGCCAGGGUUUCAAUGCAAAGGCAAGGAGCCACCGGCUGAUGUCUUGCUCUCUCCGCCUCCAGCGCCCCAGUUCAACCUGUGCAGUUUGCGCGCAGGGCCGACCAUGGCUGUGCCAGACAAAAUCAUGAGUGAGUGGGCCACACAUCCAACCCAUGGCCAUGAAUUUCAAGACAUGGUGAAAGCAAUUUUUGAAGAGUUUGGUGAACCCAAGCCUGCCGCAUCUCGUCCGGCUGCAGACGAUCCCGAAAUCGAGCCUUCGCCAAAGAGACGCAGAGUCGCUGAUUCAGUGGAGUUUGUCGAUUUGGACAGGCUGCCCGGAACAAAGCUGGCAGAGGCUGCCAUGGCCGGCGUGAAAAAGGAUGUUCAAGGCAAGAUCAUGGUGCAAGUCGACAUGAAGCAUGAAUGGUGGGUCAGCAACACUUCUGACAAGACAGUCAGCCUUGCAGCUGGCAUUGCGGUGGCCGGUUUUGGAGCUGGUCAAUUCCAGCACCAGCCGCGGCAAGGAAAUGAGCCGGCCCAGGUUGACACUGAGAAGCUGCUCCUCUUUGACAUGACAGAGGCUGAUCUGGUCCUCUACAAUAACAAGCUCGAAACUUUGGGAGAUCUGCUCCACACGCGCCAGGUUGAAAAGGGCAAAGCCAGCAUUUCUUACCAUGAGGUCACCCCUGCACCAGGUGACAACUUGAAAAAGUUUGACAUCGUCCGCAAGCACGAAGUGUAUUUCAAACCCACGGCCAAAGUUGUUGCUGAAGGCGAAGCAGGUGGUGAAAUCAAACUGCACAAAGGGACUGGGUCUUUUGCGUCGCUGGUGCCUGUUUCCACCCUGAAGCAGCUCAAACAUGCACAAGUGGUUUGGAGCGUCAAAUGGGCUUUGAAAGGCCUGGUCCCUGUCAAGCCAUACCUUUGUAUCCUUGAAGAAAUUAUUCUUGACAGCAAGAAAGCUGUGAAACUUUGA